AGGUGGGAGGCGCUAGAAACCACUUAGCUACAGUCAACCGCCCAAUGCAGCACUCGCUCGCUCCCCCCGCCAGCGGAAGCGCCCGCGGAGCACAAUGCAGCACUGAGCCGCGGUGGAGAUUGCAGCGCCACGGCCGCCGCAGCACCCGCCGGGGCUGUGAGGAGGUGGCCGCGGGGACCCCGGGGGCGUGGAGCGAGGGAAACGGACUCGGCGGCGCCGGCAUGAGGAGCUGAGCGUCUCGGGCGAGGCGGGCUGACGGCAGCACCAUGCAGGCGGCGGUGGCUGUGUCCGUGCCCUUCUUGCUGCUCUGCGUCCUGGGGACCUGCCCCCCGGCGCGCUGCGGCCAGGCAGGAGACGCCUCAUUGAUGGAGCUAGAGAAGAGGAAGGAAAACCGCUUCCUGGAGCGCCAGAGCAUCGUGCCGCUGCGCCUCAUCUACCGCUCGGGCGGCGAAGACGAAAGUCGGCACGACGCGCUCGACACGCGGGUGCGGGGCGACCCCGGUGGCCGGCAGUUGACUCACGUUGACCAAGCAAGCUUCCAGGUUGAUGCCUUUGGAACAUCAUUCAUUCUGGAUGUCAUGCUAAAUCAUGAUUUGCUGUCCUCUGAAUACAUAGAGAGACACAUUGAACGUGGAGGCAAGACUGUGGAAGUUAAAGGAGGAGAGCACUGUUACUACCAGGGCCAUAUCCGAGGAAACCCUGCCUCAUUUGUUGCAUUGUCAACAUGCCACGGACUUCAUGGGAUGUUCUAUGACGGGAACCACACAUAUCUCAUUGAGCCAGAAGAAAAUGACACUACUCAAGAGGAUUUCCAUUUUCAUUCGGUUUACAAAUCCAGACUGUUUGAAUUUUCCUUGGAUGAUCUUCCAUCUGAAUUUCAACAAGUAAACAUUACUCCACCAAAAUUUAUUUUGAAGCCAAGACCAAAAAGGAGUAAACGGCAGCUUCGUCGAUAUCCUCGUAAUGUAGAAGAAGAAACCAAAUACAUUGAACUGAUGAUUGUGAAUGAUCACCUUAUGUUUAAAAAACAUCGGCUUUCCGUUGUACAUACCAAUACCUAUGCAAAAUCUGUGGUGAACAUGGCAGAUUUAAUAUACAAAGACCAACUUAAGACCAGGAUAGUAUUGGUUGCUAUGGAAACCUGGGCGACUGACAACAAGUUUGCCAUAUCUGAAAAUCCAUUGAUCACCCUACGUGAGUUUAUGAAAUACAGGAGGGAUUUUAUCAAAGAGAAAAGUGAUGCAGUUCACCUUUUUUCGGGAAGUCAAUUUGAGAGUAGCCGGAGCGGGGCAGCUUAUAUUGGUGGGAUUUGCUCGUUGCUGAAAGGAGGAGGCGUGAAUGAAUUUGGGAAAACUGAUUUAAUGGCUGUUACACUUGCCCAGUCAUUAGCCCAUAAUAUUGGUAUUAUCUCAGACAAAAGAAAGUUAGCAAGUGGUGAAUGUAAAUGCGAGGACACGUGGUCCGGGUGCAUAAUGGGAGACACUGGCUAUUAUCUUCCUAAAAAGUUCACCCAGUGUAAUAUUGAAGAGUAUCAUGACUUCCUGAAUAGUGGAGGUGGUGCCUGCCUUUUCAACAAACCUUCUAAGCUUCUUGAUCCUCCUGAGUGUGGCAAUGGCUUCAUUGAAACUGGAGAGGAGUGUGACUGUGGAACCCCAGCCGAGUGUGUCCUUGAAGGAGCAGAGUGUUGUAAGAAAUGCACCUUGACUCAAGACUCUCAAUGCAGUGACGGUCUUUGCUGUAAAAAGUGCAAGUUUCAGCCUAUGGGCACUGUGUGCCGAGAAGCAGUGAAUGAUUGUGAUAUUCGUGAAACGUGCUCAGGAAAUUCAAGCCAGUGUGCCCCUAAUAUUCAUAAAAUGGAUGGAUAUUCAUGUGAUGGUGUUCAGGGAAUUUGCUUUGGAGGAAGAUGCAAAACCAGGGAUAGACAAUGCAAAUACAUUUGGGGGCAAAAGGUGACAGCAUCAGACAAAUAUUGCUAUGAGAAACUGAAUAUUGAAGGGACGGAGAAGGGUAACUGUGGGAAAGACAAAGACACAUGGAUACAGUGCAACAAACGGGAUGUGCUUUGUGGUUACCUUUUGUGUACCAAUAUUGGCAAUAUCCCAAGGCUUGGAGAACUUGAUGGUGAAAUCACAUCUACUUUAGUUGUGCAGCAAGGAAGAACAUUAAACUGCAGUGGUGGGCAUGUUAAGCUUGAAGAAGAUGUAGAUCUUGGCUAUGUGGAAGAUGGGACACCUUGUGGUCCCCAAAUGAUGUGCUUAGAACACAGGUGUCUUCCUGUGGCUUCUUUCAACUUUAGUACUUGCUUGAGCAGUAAAGAAGGCACUAUUUGCUCAGGAAAUGGAGUUUGCAGUAAUGAGCUGAAGUGUGUGUGUAACAGACACUGGAUAGGUUCUGACUGCAACACUUACUUCCCUCACAAUGAUGAUGCAAAGACUGGUAUCACUCUGUCUGGCAAUGGUGUUGCUGGCACCAAUAUCAUAAUAGGCAUAAUUGCUGGCACCAUUUUAGUGCUGGCCCUCAUAUUAGGAAUAACUGCGUGGGGUUAUAAAAACUAUCGAGAACAGAGACAGUUACCCCAGGGAGAUUAUGUAAAAAAGCCUGGAGAUGGUGACUCUUUUUAUAGCGACAUUCCUCCCGGAGUCAGCACAAACUCAGCAUCUAGUUCUAAGAAGAGGUCUGCUUUUCUGUCGCAUUUUCAGAUUUCUACCUGUUCCAUCACACAUUAUUCCAUUAGUCAGAACAUUUCAUUAUUUUGCAGCAGGUCAAAUGGGCUCUCUCAUUCUUGGAGUGAAAGGAUUCCAGACACAAAACAUAUUUCAGACAUCUGUGAAAAUGGGCGACCUCGAAGUAACUCUUGGCAAGGUAGAGGCCGGCAUUCUGAAUCCGUCUGCCCACACAAUCAAGGUAACCUGGGAGGCAACAAAAAGAAAAUCAGAGGCAAGAGAUUUAGACCUCGGUCUAAUUCAACUGAGAGGGAGCCCCAAGCACCUGAGCCUGGGCACUCCCUCGCCCAGACAGUCCCAUCCCAAGGCAUAAGCCUAGGGGGCUCUGACACCCCCCAGACAGGGAGUCUGGAUCACAGGUAUUUAAACCCAUGGUUCAAAAGAGACUAUAAUGUAGCUAAGUGGGUAGAAGAUGUGAAUAAAAACACUGAAGGACCAUAUUUUAGGACUUUAUCUCCUGCCAAGUCUCCUUCUUCAUCAACUGGGUCUAUUGCCUCCAGCAGAAAAUACCCUUACCCGAUGCCUCCACUUCCUGAUGAGGACAAGAAAGUGAACCGACAAAGUGCCAGGCUAUGGGAGACAUCCAUUUAAGAUCAACUGUUUACAUGUGAUACAUCGAAAACUGUUUACUUCAACUUUUAUAGAAACCCAGGCUCAUGGAAUCACUGCAAAUCUAUCUGCUCUUCAGACAAUACGAAGACCCUCUGAGAUGCUACAGAGGAGAGGAAGCGGAGUUUCACAUCUGGUUACCAUUUUCUUUUUGUCAUUGGCUUAGGAUUUAAUUGAACCAUGAAAAGAACUACUGAAAUGUUACACUAUAACAUGGAACAAUAAAGGUACUGGUAUGUUAAUGGAUAAUCCGCAUGACAGAUAAUAUGUAGAAAUAUUCAUAAAGUUAACUCACAUGACCCAAAUGUAGCAAGUUUCCUAAGGGACAAUAGUGGAUUCAGAACUUGACGUUCUGAAGCACAUCCUCACUGUAAACAGUAAUGCUAUAUGCAUGAAGCUUCUGUUUAUUGUUUUCCAUAUUUAAGGAAACAACAUCCCAUAAUAGAAAUGAGCAUGCAGGGCUAAGGCAUAUAGGAUUUUUCUGCAGGACUUUAAAGCUUUGAGAGGCCAAUAUCCCAUAGGCUAACUUUUAACAUGUAUUUUUAUUUUUGUUUUGUUUUUUUACUUUUCAUAUUUAUAUUAGCAUACAAGGACAAUUGUAUAUAUGUAACAUUUUUAAAAUUUUAAAAAAUGCAGCUGUUACACACAAGUGUAUUUUGCCAAAUGCCUAAAAAUUCAGUCACAAUCACAUCAUCGUCAUCCAUCCAGUGAUCUUCAAAGACUAUAAGCAGGUAAUGUAAAUAUAGUGGUCAGUGCUGUAAAUGUGUCUCUCCAUAAUUGGUAUUUGUCCAAAACAUGUGAUAUCCCUUUAACCUGUGCACAGUCUGGAGGCAGUUUUAUUGAGUAAGUAAUUGAGUGAGAGAACAAAAUGCCCAGCAAAACUUCUGGCCUCCACAGUUUGCUGAUGCAGGAGCCCACUCUGCUGCUGAUGGGCUGCUCCCUGGAAAUCAUCCAUCCCAUCCAUCCAUCCCAUCUCAUCCCAGUGAGCCAGCCCCUCAGCAGUGUGUGCUGCUGAGAUUAAGCAAGUGCACCAAAGACACAUGAGACGACGUACUGCCAGUGAGCUGGUAGCUUCUGGCUUGCCAAUACUCUAACCCUUUGUUGCCUGAAGUUUUGUUCCUUGGCAAAAUUUUUUAGUCACCCUUAUCUGUGAAAUGAAUGACUUGUUUUAACUAAAACAACUUUGACACUGUUGAUUAAGAAUAUUUGUCAUUACUGGGGUGUGAAUCCCAACAAGUCAUUCUGCACUGACUCUGAAGCAAGAUGACGGAAGAUUCUACUGUUUGAGUUGGGCAGCUUCAAUAAUUCAUAAAGAGUUAAGUUAGAUCUAAACCACAGAGAUGCAGCAACUGCGAAGCUACACUAACAGCUGGCGGGGGAAAGAAUGUGAUGCUUUGAAACAUAUAUUUUUUAAUCCAUAGGAAAAUAAGAUUCUAUUUUAAAAGACCCUUCUUUAAAACCAAAGUUUAAUAGCUGUUAUAAUGGCAGAUCUGUCAUUCCAAAAGAAAGCUAGCUACCCUAGUGAGGCUGGAGAUUGAUGGGCUCAAUCAUAUGGUCUGCUCUGAAGUAUACUUCUGAUUUCCUCAUUUUCUCUGUGUUCUUAAGAGGAAUGGAAUCUGCAGACAGGUUUUCAGAUAUACUCUCUAAAUUUGAUCCUCUCCCAUAGUAUCCAUGGACAAAAUCCAUAUCAUCUUCAUAUGUAAUCAAUUUGAUUACAUAUCAUGCCCAAACUGAAGGGCCAAGUUAGAAGGCAGCAUUUUAUACUGUGUGUUUAUGUCUUCUGUAAUGGACCUCUCUUUUGAAAGUCUUUGAAAUGUUUGGAAAGCAAACAUUUCCAAAAUUACAUAAUGUAAAACAGCAUUUUUCAUGACAGGAAGGGAUGUGAUUGUUGAUAUGACCAUAAAGCGAUCCAUCAGGCCAAGGUUUGGUGAGUGUUGGGCAGUGUUGCCACAUAGCUCAAGCCAAGAAUAGAAGGGCAGACAGAUUGAAAGAUGUAGCAAAUAAAGUGACUUUUUACCAAGAUCACUGUAACGUGCACUGAAUGUUUCCUGGUACUGAGUGUAUAAAAGGCUAAUGCUAUAAGGUUUAUUUUGACUAUAAAAGAGUUUAUAGAUUUGAAUAUAAGGUGCCUCAUGUAAAUAUGCUUCCUAGUUACAGGUAUAUAAACCCUAAUUUGAAAGAAUCCACAAAUGGCUAGCUGAGAAGUUAACAGAUCUCUGUCUAUCAUUUGUCCAUGUGUGUGUCUUCCCUCACCUCAGUUAUUUUUACAUGAAAUUAUUAUUUCAAAUGAAAAUCAUGAUCAUGUGCCUUUUGGGAGACAUGGUUGCUCUAGAGGUAUAUAGUUUGUAAUUACCCUCCUUGGUAAUAACCUUCCUGUGGAACUGAAUAAAAAUUUUUCUGUUUUAUUUGUAGAGAUUAUGAUUUUAGGUAUACAGUAACUUUAAUAUUCUAUUCUUGGAAUCUACUCUUAUCUCCCAUGUUUAAACAUUCUUAGAGCCGUUUGUGGGAUUCAUUGACAAAUUUAUAGUCUCAAGGGAGAGUUUCAAGAAGUAUCUAUAUGUAUACUCAUGGUUGGGGUUCUAGAGGCAUUACAUCUAAAUAUUUAUGACUUUUCAUCCACCGAGGUAGGUAGCAUUAAAUAUACAAGCACAGCAUUAUUUCUCUUUAAAUAUCUAUUUUGGAGAGAAACUUUCAGGCCAUAUAACAGUUUAUAUCAUGCAACUAAUAUUUAUAUUUCCCAAUCCACUACAAAAUCAUUGCUAAGCAGAAGAGAGCAGUUAUUUGGCCUUUAUGUUCCAUUGUAUGCCUUUUUCCCCUCUUUCUAGUUUUAUGCAUUGAUAAGACUACAGAUUGGCACCCUACUGCCUGAGAAGUUCCAUUUAUCCAUAGUCGUUGCAGUGGAGUAAACCCUGAUUUAAAGGAACAUUUAAGUCUCUCCAGUAAGUGUCAACAGGAAGGCAUGGGAUAGCAGGGAGUCCUUAUGGAGUGGACUGGCCACAUGAACUGUCCUCUGCAUCCAGUCACUCUUUAUUUAGAUGGGAAGUGGCAUGGUCCUCUGAAUGCUGCAGGCUGGAAAUGAUCCCCAGGGCACAUGCAAUCUGUGGAAAGGAAUACAUCGGACAGUGCAACAUGGUGAGGGCUUUCAAUUUGCUGUGGUUGCUGUAUUUUUAACAAGAAACCCGGAGCUUCGAUUAGGAAUAACCUAUCAUUAGAGUUGUUCCUUUAAAAAAUGUUGAUGAAUAAAGCAAAUGUGGGCUUAAAAUGCCAACUUAUUUUUCACUUUGAUAUUGGUGCUUUAUUAAGUGAUACCAUAGUUUCUCUCUCUUUUCCCUGUUACUUUAAAAAUAAUUUUAAAAUUGUGUUUGUAUAUAAGGUCAGUCUGGCAUACAAUUUCUGAAAGUAACAUUAAUAGGGUUUCUAAAGAAGUUGUCAGAAAGACAAAAUUAGAUAUUCUCUGCACUUUCAGAGAAGGACUAUUUAUGUUUGAAUUUCAUAACAGGCUUACAUUUCUUUUCUGUUGAGUCCCUUGCAUAUCUACAUAAUUUAAUCCUGUCUAUUGUCCCAGAUCUCUUGUGGCUACUUUACCUGUUACCUUUUUUGGGAUUUUAUUCUCUAUAUUUUACAGUUACCUUUGGACCAGAAGAUAUAUGGUAUUUUUAUUCACUUUUUUCAGUGUUUUAAAAUAAGAUUUGUUCAUUUAUUCAUUUUAUCCAUUCAUUUCCUGUUGUCGUGUAGUUCUAACCAUAUAUAUAGUACUUUAAAUAUUUUCUUAUGUUAUUAUUUAACACGAUAAUAAAUUCUUAUCUAAAGAAAAGACUAUUUUACUUUAUUUUACUUAAAGGAAAGAGAAUUUAUUGGCAGGAUAUUGAGUAGCUGGUAGAGUAUAUGGAAGGGGAGAGCCAAGUUAGGAACUGGCAGGAGUGAGGAGGGACAAGACAGCUGCCUGCACAGUCUGAUAGGACACAUCUGGCUGCUGCCACUGGAUGCCCACAUGGGCAGCAUAUUGUAAAUAUCACCCUACCAGUUGGUAAGUUGGCAUGAAUUUUCCAUGAAACACUCUUGACUCCCAUUUGCAGCAUCAUAUCUACUUUUUAUGCACCUAAUUAUAUUUUUCCUUUCACUUUUAUGUUUCUUUUUUUUCUAAAACUGCCACCUAAAUACCUUUCCACUCCGUUAAAUGUAUGGAGUCAAGACAAAUUUCUCAUUCUUGCUCUACAGUUUAAGAUGUAUAAGAAGUAAACACUUCUGUGGAAUAGGGCUUAAUUUGGGGCUUAAAUGUUUUGGUUUUUUUCCUCCUGAGAUGUUUUUGAAUGGAUAAGACUACUCUGGUUUUGGAUGCAGCAACUUUUCUCCUGGCAUGGAAGAACUAAGGACUUUGAUGAACAGUUUCCCAUUGAUAGUAUAAUAUAAUGAGGGGCCCAGUCUGCUCUUGUGAAAAUUGGCUGAGCGGCAGCAGCCCAUCCCAGCUGUGUGUGAGUAGCCCUGCUGUUAAAAGUACACCUGCUGGGAAUCGUUGGCACACGCUCAUAGCAUAUGCUUUGUGGGGGAGGUGCUUUUAAUUCCAAGAGGAGCUUUUCUCCCACAUCUGCAGAUGCAGAGGAAAGAUGCAGCAGGACUUUAGAAAACAGGAGUGUUUCUACUGACAUUUUAUUCAUUGCUUUGUUAGUCCCACAAAUGGAGCAUCUUCUGGUUGUUUGUAAGCAGAAAAAAACAAAAUAUUCAAAACCAAAAACCUAAUUAGUACUUUUGUCCUUUAUAUCCCUAGUCUGACAAACAGUAAGCAUCCUCAUGGUGAGAUUUUGAGGGAUGCUUCCGGAACCAUCCUGCUUCCCAAGUAGCUCCCCCUUCAGUAGCUGUGCAGCUCUUUUCUCCUGACUAGGAACUUUCUCUAUUGUGGAAGUCAGUUCCUUUGGCUAAGCCGUCCCUUGGGAGAACCCUAGGAUGCCCUAGGGAGUAGAGGUGGCAGGCAUCUUUAUCUUCGCCCACCAGCACAUUAGCAGCUUAUGCAACUUAGGAAGUCACUGGGAGAUGAGUCCUAAGAGCGUGAAUUUCAGGAUGGGGAGGAGAUAAGAAGCAGAGAACUUUGGGAAACCAUGGGGCAUUUAGUCCUGGCAUAGACACAGAAUGGAUAUCCACAGGAAGAUUCCUGAAGCCAGAUAUGCAGGAGAGCACACAUUGUCGUGAGAGGUGUGGUGGGAAGAGAGGUGCUGGAUGCUAAGACAGACUUCUGUGCUUGGCAGACUGACUGCGUGUUGACUCUGUGAAUACUUUGUGGUCCAGUCCAUGAUAGGCCAGUCACUCCUGCCUGAUGCAUCCCUGUUGCACUGUUCAUAGAACCUGUAUCAUAUGGGGAAGCUUCAAGGCUGGCAGGCUUUUCAUCAAGUAAUCAUCAUUCCAUGUUCCUACGUAUCCUUGAAAUCAAAACUAGGCAAUAUGUGUGUUUUUGGUUUUGUUUUACAAAAAGGCAUACAAUGAGACGAAUUCUUAAAAUAAUGCACAUACAGAAUCAUCAAUAAAGUUUCAAAGAGUUUAUGAAGAAAAGGUAUUUUCCUUUCUUGUAAAAAAUAUGUUAUAUAUAUAUAAUAUGCUGAUCUGCAUUCACCGUAGGGCUUAGCCUCUUAUUUUAUGAAUUUUCAGGCUGUGAUUUGUGUUGGAUGGUUAAGCUCUAAAAUAAUGCAAAUAGCCCCAAUCUUUAAAUAUAGCGGUGCUAAGUUGAACAAGUAACACAAUACAGAAAAUGCUGAUAUGAAUACUUAGUAAUAAUACAAAAGUUCCUGCUAAAUUAUAUAUGUGUAUCACUGCCUGACUAGAAACCCCACUUUUCUUUUCUAAUCCAGCACAAAAUCAAACUGAUUCUACAACCAGUCUUUUUAAAGGGCAAAAAUGACUCAACACCUUUGUUUUGUAUGGAAAACUUUUUUUUUUUUUUACACUAACUGCAAAAGUGCUUAAAAAAAAGGUUUAUUCAGGAUAGAUAAGCAUGUACUCCUUUUUUAACCUGCUGGAAGACUUGCCCCUCCAAACUAGCACCCCCAAAAGACAACUUCUUUCAGAAACGGGGUGUUUUACCUAAACAUAGUAGCUUACAUGUUAGCCAGCAGUAGGUCGGCACUAGUGUUUUCCACGGUUAUCACCUUUGACAGGUGAUGUCCAUCUAUAGAUAGUGGAAGCCACCCCAUGGGGAGGUGUUAAUAGCAGCAUGGUUUCACUUUUGGUAAUCAGGUAAUCAUGUGUAUAUACUUAGAUUCGCAUUAUUUUAACAUUUCUCUGCUACUCUGCACUUCAGGUUCGUUAAGCUAUUUUAAUAAUUACUGGGGUUAUGGCAAACACCAAUGGAAAUGUAUAUGGCAACUGCUUUCCUGAGCAAGUGUGAUUUGUUUUAUGGCUGUUCAAGUUAUAAAAUUGUUCUUACAUUGUAGGUAAACAAAAUCUUGAUGUUUUUAAAGGUCACUGUAACUUAAGGUUCAAAUUUCUGGCACAGUUUUAUUAGUAUUCACUUCCGAAGCUAAUAAGAUACCAUGGUUUUCUAUGUUACUCCCAUUGUAACAUUAGUAAAGUGACUUUCAAUAAAAGAUUUAUGUUAUUUUGAUGCACGACUCUCUUCUUUUUUUUUCUCCCACCUAGUUUCUCUUUCAGAAGCUUUGUUAGGGGUACAGUCAAGGAAUUGUUUCUUUUCUGUUCACUGGUGUCCCAGAAGGGGUCACUAAUAUGAUGAGGAAUACAAACCCUUUAAGCAAAGCCUGAGUGUGCAAUUUGUUGCAGUUUCCUCAUCUGGAUGGCAGAGGUAGUUUACUUAUUUAUCUAUUUGCCUCUCCUCGUAAGCACUUCCUCUCUCACCCUAAUGAGGAUCAAUUUCCUAUAUCCUGUCCUGUAGACCAGGCAGUGGUGCUUAGUUAAUAAGCUCACCUGUGCUGCAUUCUAAAGCACUGAGCCUAGAAUGGGCUCAUGAGUUCAUUACCUAAAAACUUCCACCCUGGCCUUUUCAUCUUCCAGGCAGGCAUUUUACCUACCCGUCAUUAUUCUGGCAUUUGCGGGGUCCUUGCCAUCCGCUCAUAGGCUGCAUAGGAAAUAAGUUAUGAGUAGUCAAGGUAGUUUUAAUGUGAGAAAAAGAGAAGGAAGUCACUGAUGAAGGGUUUGUACAUUUAUUAUGAGAUUUUAAAAGUUUAUGGUGAUUACACAUAGCUCCAUUUCUUGUAUUUAUAAUAAGUUAUUUAGAUGAACACUGAAACAGUAACUCGGCUGAGCCAAAGCAAAGUCUAGUUCACAGGUGGCAGAAGUUUUAGCUCAUAUGCCAUCUCACGGACUUGAUGGUAUCACCUGGAACAUCAUGCUGAAGGAGAGUCUAAACUCCAAUUUGGCUCAGUAGAAGCAAGAGCUUUAAUUUAAUAUGACUGCUGUGGUGCAAAUCUACGCCAACUAUCCCCAGGAAGCACCAGAUCUCUGGCAGCCACAUUCCCAUGGAAGUGCACGAAAUGUGUUAACAGUACUUCAUAAAUCAUGGAUCUCUUGAAACACAUGAGUAAAGCACACAUCUCCAAAAUAAAAUUAAAUCCUAAAUGAGGGUGAUUUGAGGCGCUUAAUUCUCCAAAUUGUUGAAGUAUUCAAGCUUGAGCUCACGGCUUUACCAUGCUCCAACUAGAUUAAGAAAAAGUAAACAGACCAGGAAAUAAUUUUAAAGUAGUGGGUGAGGCUACACUAGAAGUAUACAAUGAAUUAAACACAACCCAACAUAAAAUAGAAAUAAGGCAACAGGAGAUUUCACUUGUAAUGAAGACUGGCUGUAAUUAAAGCAGAUGAAUACAUCAAAUUUGUCAAGGGGAAGGAAACUUUCUAACUGCAGGGACAUACUGAAAACUAUGCUUCAUGCUUUUGGAACGAAUGGGUGAAAGCAGAAGGGGAGGAGAUAAAGAGAUUCGUUUUGAGGUAUCAAUAAUUAAAACGGAAUCAACUGAAUGAUGUCUGAUAUGGCUUGGCUCUGUGUCCCCACCCAAAUCUCAUCUCGAAUUGUAAUCCCCAUGUGUCCAGGGAGGGACCUGUAAGCCUUACAUCGAGGGAAGGAAGUGAUUGGAUCAUGGGGGCGGUUUCCCCCAUGAUGUUCUUGUGAUAGUGAGUUCUCAUGAGAUCUGAUGGCUUUAUAAGCAUCUGGCACUUCCCUGCUUGCAUUUCUCUCUCCUGCUGCCUUGUGAAGAAGGUGCCUGCUUCCCCUCCCGCCAUAAUUGUAAGAAGUUUCCUGAGGCCUCCCCAGCCAUGUGGAACUGUGAGUCAAACCUCUUUCCUUCAUAAAUUACCCAGUCUUGGGUAGUGUCUUUAUAGCAGUGUGAGAACAAACUAAUAUAAUGUCAGAGGGAUGGUUCUGUAUUCACCCCAAAGCCAAUUCAGAACCACAAUUGAUGCAGCACACCUUGGGACUUGUUCAAAUAUGGCCCAUAACCUUCAGCAAGGGCCUUCUUCUCUACUGCUUAUCCUCAACCAGGAAAUUACCAUUUCCUUAAACUAUGAUUUCCUCAGAGGACCCUGGUGAGUUGAAACCAAACAGCAGGUGCUAGGACACUGAAGGUGAGCUCCCUGCCUCCUAAUCCUCUGAGCCCCUUUUUGGCCCUUUUCUAGACAGCCCAGACCAAGCAGAGCUUUGUGGCCUCACAGACAAUAUAUGGAGAUGCAAUCUAUAGUCACUGUGUAAUAUAUAGCAGGCUGCUUCACAUUCUGAUAUGUAACCUGGGCUAACUAACUUGCCAUAGUUAUAUGUUAGGUUUGAAUAAUAUAUAUUUUGACAAUAUUUUAAAAAAUUAAUAGUGAAAUGAGGCUAAAGAUGCAUAGAGAAAAUGUUUUAUUUUCAUUAGUUGACAACUAGUUGUUCAGUUGAAUGGUAAGUCUCACACUGCAUCCUAAAAUAAGACAGAUACUCUGCUGGCAAGUAGAAAAUAGACUAAUUUCAUUUUUUAUCUGUUAAGCUCUUUGAUAAAAAAGGCAAACCAGGCCAGUUUUAAAUUUAAGAAACAGAAACAUUGUUAGUGCUUCUUGUAUCAACACACUUUACAUAUUCAGAACUACUACCAAGAGAUAACAUAUUAUCUCCUUUUCAAAGAUGGGGAAACUGAAACUUGGCAUUAUCUAUAAUGACCAAACCACAUAGUAAGAGGCACAAGCCAGCAUUAGAAUUCAGAUCUUACUUGAAAGUGUACAGCUUAAAAUUUUUUAAAAAAUUCCUUCCAUUAUAAAUGUAGUACCUGCUUACUGGAGAAUGUUUGGAAAAGCAGUAAGAAGGGAGAAGAUGAACUCAUGAUCCUGACUCCCAGUGGUAGCCAGAUCAAUGUUUUGGUACAUACUUUCCAAUACUCUGCCAUGUAUAUUUUUUAAAGUGUUAAUACAUGGUAUAUCAAAAUGGAUCUAUCAGUAUUUUAAAAACUAAAAUCUGAUUUUAAAAGGAAAGCAUAUAGAAAAUCUGAAAAAUACUGAAAUAUAUAAAGAAAAUUAAAGUCAUCUAGAAUUCCAUUAAUCAAAAAUAAACAUUGUUAAUAUUUUCAUAUAUUCCCUUAGUCUUUUUCUGUCAAUGUUCUUUUUAUAUAGUUAAGCUUAUAACGUACAAGAUUUUUAAGGAGAGUUAACAAAGGUUUAAAUAGAUGACAAAAAGGGACUGGUUGACAGAUAGUAUUUGCCAAUCAAAUUAUUCAAUAGGUUUUGAAAGGCCUGUGCUAAACUUCUACUAAGGUGAACCCUGACAUGGAUUACUGGAUCACCUUUUUUGUUGUUUUAUUUCACCCAAGUGGGUCUAUGUCAUUUACCUAAGUUUUUAUGUGUGAAGUAUUCUUUGUAGGAGAGGAAAGAUAACAGCUGUAGUCUGAUUAACAGUUUUUAGUGUCUCACAAUGAAAAAUAAAUAAUGUGACUUAAACUUACAUAGAGUUUUAGCAAGAAAAUAAGGCAUGACUGAUAAUGGCUCAGGAAAGUUCUAAAUGGUGUAACAGACUAGAUCUUAUUAAAGUUCCAAAGAAUUUAUUAUCAAAACUAAAACAAAACUUCAGUUGUACAUAAAGUAAUAAACUUUACAACAGCUGUAGAGAGAAAGUCGUGAUGUAAGUUUACACAUAUUACCGAAGGCAAAGAGGACAAGCAAAGGAGAGCUCCAGUUGGAAUGUCGAUUACAUUCAUGCAGCUUCCUCUUGAUUUAAACACUCA